AUGCCCAAUGCUCGAGCCAAACUGCGCAGCAAGAUUGGGUGCAUGCCCUGCAGGAAGAAGAAGAAGAAGUGUGAUGAGGCCCAUCCUUUGUGCAACCGAUGUUCAAGGACACAUACAGUUUGCGUUUGGCCCACUGCGGAUGAGCAGAUGGACAGAAGAUUUCGAAAGAAGAGAGCAGCACUAGCAGCGGAAGCAAACCGUGAUAUUGUCAUCAAGGUUGACCAGACCUUGCAGCAAUUACCGGAAACGAUAACCAUUCAAAAUGUCAUUAGACCAGUUUCCGAGGACACGAAGUUAAUGGAAGUCAAAGAAGAAGACGACUGGUCUCUAUAUCAAAUCAAAGACCAGAAAAGACCCAACACAAUAGAAAUACAAAACAGUGGCAUGCUCACUCCAGUGGAAUUCUACCAAGACUACAAUCCAUACGAGGGAUUGCAUUCAAGCUCAGAUGAGGAGUCAAACGAGGUCGAUCCCAUGAAAAUGUCACUGUCGUUCUCUCCCAUAAAGACCUAUAAGGAUUGGUUACCUGGAUUGGAUCUGGAGUAUUUCGAAGCAAAAGCGCUUUUCCACUUUCUACACGACUAUGCCUUCAUCAUUCUACCGCCAUAUUCAGAUCAGCGAUUCUGUUUACACAACACGCUCGUUCCAAUGGCUUCCGAGCACAAGCCCCUGCUCGACAUAUUUAUGGCAUGUGGUGCACAUUACGCGAGUCACUACGACAAGUCCUUUAAGCCCAUACGGCAGAUGUUUUCAGAAAGAUACGUGAAUGGUUUGAAGUCCCUCAUGGCUAGCGGCGAUGUCAAAGGUGACGAGGAAUGGCUUUUUGGAGGUGUGCAGCUCAUGAUUGGACUGGAUAAGCUGAAGGGAACAUCAACAACAACCAUCGUGAAGCACAUACAGUUCGGAGCAAGUCUGGUUAGACAGCAGCUUCUAAAGAAAAAACUAACGUUGGGGAUGGGAAGAACUCCACCACAUGAGACAGUUGAAGGUAGGUCGUUGCUGGAGUCAUUUGUGUAUCACUAUACUGUUGCGAUUCUCUUCUGUUCCGACGAAAUGCUGAAAUUGCUUCCCCAUUCUCAUGUCGCAUCCGAGCUGAUCAGGAUUUUGGAGACGCCUCUUUUUGAAAGUGAAAUUCCUUGGGCUAACAACCCGUUGAUGGGAUGUGCGAUUGAGAUUUUUGCCCUGGCAAUCAAGAUACAGUGGUUGUUCAGAACCAUGGAACCGACACCCGAACAAAUAUCCACGGGAACUGCACUCUUAUUCGAACUAGAGUCCUGGGAAAUGUUUGAGGACAAUACCCACAAGUCGCCUUACUUUCAAUAUGCCAUAAAUUAUGCCUAUCUGGUCAAACACGCAAUGCACAUACUGUUGAUCAAGACUUUGAGACCCCAAGUGCACGAGACAGACCCUGAGAUUCAGCAGGAUGUAAUGGCUGUAAUCGCCAGAUCAUCCACAAUCCAGGCAGGAGAUAGUUCUGGAUCAACAGGAAAUCUCAUGUUCUGGCCGCUUGCAAUAUCUGGACUGGCCGCGGUUACAGAAGAACAGAGAAAAUUUUUCAGACAGAGAAUAUGGUCGAUGGGAGAGCAGGCCCACGGUGAAGCAAAGAUCGACAGUGUUAUGGUUCUUUACGAGUACGCAUGGAGUAUAGAGCGCAAUUAUCCAGGACUGAACACGCUUCACAAUAGACAGGUGAUGGCAGAUUGUUCUAUAUAG